GGGCCGGAGCUGCGCGCGGCGGUGGCGGCGCCCGGCGCAGGCCCAUUUCCGGCGGGCGGAGGCGGCGCCGCGGCGGCUGCUGGUGCCGGUGCCGGGGCGGCGGGACACAAUGGGCGGCGGCGGCGGGGACGCGGCGGCGGCGCGGGGCCGCUGAGGAGCCCGCCGCCUCCCUGCGGCCAUGGCCACCACGGCCGAGCUCUUCGAGGAGCCUUUUGUGGCAGAUGAAUACAUCGAACGCCUGGCAUGGAGAACACCUGGAGGAGGUUCCAGAGGUGGAGAAGCUUUUGAUCCCAAAAGAUUAUUAGAAGAAUUUGUGAAUCAUAUUCAAGAAUUGCAGGUAAUGGAUGAAAGGAUUCAGAGAAAGGUGGAGAAGCUAGAACAGCAAUGCCAGAAGGAAGCAAAGGAAUUUGCCAAGAAAGUACAAGAGCUGCAGAAAAGCAAUCAGGUUGCCUUCCAACACUUUCAAGAACUAGAUGAGCACAUCAGCUAUGUAGCAACUAAGGUCUGUCACCUUGGCGACCAACUGGAGGGGGUAAACACACCACGGCAACGGGCUGUGGAGGCUCAGAAGCUGAUGAAAUACUUUAAUGAGUUUCUGGAUGGAGAGCUGAAGUCUGAUGUUUUUACAAACUCUGAAAAGAUUAAAGAAGCAGCUGAUAUUAUUCAGAAACUGCAUUUGAUUGCCCAGGAACUGCCUUUUGACAGGUUUUCUGAAGUAAAAUCGAAGAUUGCAAGUAAGUACCAUGAUUUAGAGUGCCAGCUAAUUCAGGAGUUUACCAAUGCACAGCGGAGAGGUGAAAUCUCCAGGAUGAGAGAAGUAGCAGCAGUUUUACUUCAUUUUAAGGGCUAUUCCCAUUGUGUUGAUGUGUACAUAAAACAGUGUCAAGAGGGUGCAUUUUUGAGGAAUGAUGUGUUUGAAGAUGCAGCCAUCCUCUGCCAGCGAGUGAACAAGCAAGUUGGAGAAGUGUUUAGCAAUCCGGAGACUGUAUUAGCCAAACUCAUUCAAAAUAUCUUUGAAGCUAAACUUCAGAGUUACGUAAAGGACCAGCUAGAAGAACACAGGAAGUCAGAUGCAGAACAGUACCUUAAGAACCUCUAUGAUCUAUAUACAAGAACUACUAAUCUUUCAAGCAAAUUGAUGGAAUUUAACUUGGGUACUGAUAAGCAGACUUUCUUGUCUAAGCUUAUCAAAUCCAUUUUCAUUUCCUACUUGGAGAAUUACAUUGAGGUGGAAAUUGGUUAUUUGAAAACUAGGAGCGCUAUGAUUCUGCAACGCUAUUAUGAUUCCAAAAACCACCAGAAGAGGUCCAUUGGCACUGGAGGUAUUCAAGACCUGAAAGAGAGGAUAAGGCAGCGUACUAACUUACCGUUGGGUCCAAGUAUCGACACCCACGGAGAAACUUUUCUCUCACAAGAGGUGGUGGUUAACCUUUUGCAAGAAACUAAACAAGCUUUUGAAAGGUGUCACAGGCUCUCUGAUCCAUCUGACUUACCGAAGAAUGCUUUCAGAAUUUUUUCUAUGCUUGUAGAGUUCUUAUGUACUGAACACAUUGAUUAUGCAUUAGAAACAGGCCUUGCCGGCAUUCCCUCUUCUGAUUCAAGGAGCGCAAAUCUCUAUUUCCUGGAUGUUGUCCACCAAGCCAAUACUAUUUUCCAUUUAUUUGACAAGCAGUUCAAUGAUCAUCUGAUGCCAUUGAUCAGUUCUUCUCCUAAAUUAUCUGAAUGCCUUCAGAAGAAGAAGGAUAUCAUAGAACAAAUGGAAGUGAAGCUGGAUAUGGGCAUUGAUAGGACACUGAAUUGUAUGAUUGGACAGAUGAAACACAUCUUGGCUGCAGAGCAGAAGAAGACAGAUUUUAAACCAGAAGAUGAAAACAAUGUUUUGAUUCAAUAUACUAACGCCUGUGUUAAAGUCUGUGGCUAUGUUAGAAAGCAGGUGGAAAAGAUUAGAAAUUCUAUGGAUGGUAAGAAUGUGGACACCGUUUUGAUGGAGCUUGGAGUUCGUUUUCAUCGGCUGAUCUAUGAACAUCUACAGCAAUAUUCCUAUAGUUGCAUGGGAGGAAUGUUAGCUAUUUGUGAUGUGGCUGAAUAUAGGAAGUGUGCCAAAGACUUCAAGAUUCCGUUGGUGUUACAGCUCUUUGAUACCUUGCAUGCACUUUGCAAUCUUCUGGUUGUAGCCCCGGAUAAUUUAAAGCAAGUUUGCUCAGGAGAACAGCUUGCUAAUCUGGACAAGAACAUCCUUCACUGCUUUGUUCAGUUGCGUGCUGAUUAUAGGUCUGCUCGUCUUGCUCGUCACUUCAGCUGAGAGCACGGAAGGAAACGUUAUACCUUGGGGCAGGCCGCAGUUGUUAGAAAGCACAGGGAAUGGUUUCUUACCAAACAGUGGUUGUAAUUUUUGUGGGAUAAUGACUGUUCAGAAUAAAACAGCAGCCAUAUUUAAACUUGACUGUAGAGUGUGAGCAGAUGAAAAUUUGAGUGGUAUUUCAUGUAAGCUAAAGUUCUCCCAGUGAUGAAUUUCUGCAAAACUACUUGCUACUAAUUUUUUACUGGAAACAUGUUCAUGUAGGAAAGCAAGUGGUGCACUGAAAGUAUUUUAGUCUUCAAUAUUGAAUUAUCAGAUACCAUUUGUUAGACUUUAAGUACAGAGCAUAGCGUAGGUAAUGGAUUACAUAGAAUAGACCAGUGUAGAAACAUUCUUCAUCAAUUUUAAUGACUUAGACUUCAGCACAGCUAAUCAUAAUCAAAUUAUCUUUGAUUGGUGUUUCUAAGUCAUUUCUUUCUUUUAAAACCUUAUCCUGCUCAAUGUAAUUUCUUGCUCUAAUUAAUUAGCUUGGAAUUUCUUUGAGAUGUAGGAGUAACAGAAAUGCUAUCCCAGAAAGAUGUAAUUUAUUCAUUGUGUGGCAUUCUAAACAGAACUAAAGUGGUAAAAACAAAAUUUUUUUUGGUUCUUUAGUAUGUGGUGGUUGUUUUUUUUUUUUUUUUCUUUUCUUUUUUUUUCUUUUCUCUAAUAGUCACAGGCCCACUGGAGUAUAUCAGUGUUGUAUGAUCUGGCAUUCUUGUUUGUUCUGUUUGAUACUGGCAUACUGAAUUUUAUAUAUGCUCCUAAUCUGAAUGCAGCUGCCUUGUCUUAGGUGUUCAUAUUACAAGGUGAAGGUGCCCAUUGUUGGGUUAACAUAAGAGAACUUUUUCUCCUGUCUCUUGUUUUGUAUGUAAAUAAAUUCAGAUUAUAACAAAGUGAAAGGAUAAAAUGUAGCCCAAGUGCACAUUUGUAUGUCGGAGGAAUGGCGAGUGGCUCUAGGAAGACUCUAGACUUGAAACUUGCCGUGCUGAAGAUAGUUAAUCCUCAGUGCCUGAGCAAUAUAAAAUGCUGUGUGCAGAAGCCUCUCUUCCACUGCUCAUGAUUUUAACACUGGAGACAGGCAGCCUUUCUAUCCGUUAGGCUUCGGCAUUUAUUCAGGGUGCUUCUGAGAUGGACCCAUAGUGUGCGUAUAGCGAACCGAAGCAACAGUGAAGCUUGAAACGUUUAGCUUUUCCACAAGCAGUUGAAAAUUGCUGUAAAAUGGACCUUUGUUUGGAAGUGAGCUCUUGUGGAAAACAGUUUGGAACUGCCAUGUUCUGGGUCUUCAAUCUGACUCACUUCAGCCCUAAGCAGACCAUCUACAACACUUCGUUUUAUUUCUCCUGUGGGCUCAGCGUACUUUAUGAAAAUUUUUUCUGUCCCAUUGUCAGAGCAGCAUUUCUAUAAAUUUACUUCAUGGGUCAAAUAAAAUAUAUCUUUCUUGUGCUAAUGAUUUAUCAGGUGUAGUCAAUAUUGACAGACUUGUGUGGAAUUUCUCUUGGUUGGUUGAAGUUUUUCUGCUGCUUUUUAUAUUUAGCAGAGCAUAAUUUUGGUAAACAGGAGAAUGGAUGCCAGAUUUUCUCAAAGUAUUCUGGGAGACUGGGUGCUUUGUUCAGCUGCACAGCUCUAUUCCUCGGCCAUGGCAAAGCCACAAAGAGUUUUGGACACUGGAGAAGGCACAUGCUUGUACUGCUGCCAUUUUUUUUUUUUCCUCCAAAAGCUCUGAUGUGAAUUCAGAUGAUACCUCUCUGUUACCUCUGUAACUGAAAGCCAACAAUUUUGAGGCUGUGGUUUUACUAACUAAUAUAAAUUCUUUAUACAAAAAAGUGUCAAUUUGUAAACACUUCAGAACAGUGAACAUCGUCUUAAGACUGCAGAUCACAGAAGUGCUUCAGAAUUUGUUGUAUGGUUGUUUUGAAUUAUUUUCAGGUUGUAUGAAAUGUACUUACCAUGUUUCUUGCUUUAUUAGCUGUGUUUCCCAUGCAUAUGCUCAGUGCAAUAUUUUUCAUUAUGCCUAUUAAGAAAAGGCAGCAAAAAGUAGGUGAAUACUUAGAUAUGUAAACAUAAACUCUUCCUCAAUUAAAAAAAAAAUCCCUCCAGAUACUUUUUUCAUUUCAUUUCCACAUUCUUCAAAUACCUUUAUAUUCAAUUGUAUAAACCCUUCUAUUAAAAAAAAAUAAAUAAAAGUAAUUUUACUGACCAAA